GUUGGGGCAUAGCUAUUUGAGGGGUCUUUAUUAUAAUAUACAUUUUUUCCAGGGUAAACUUUACUGUAACAGACGGUUUAUUCGACAUCCAGGAUUUUGUAAGGAAAUCAACAUUUAUUAAUCCCUUUGAUGGUUCAAAAUCUUUUCCUUUGUGCUAUACAAAUAGCACAUUGACAACAACAGAAAAUAAUUAUUGUAAAUUUAAUAACAAGUACCGAGGAAAUAUUUCUUAUUUUUCCGAAUACGUACGUGCCAGUUGUGAGGAAUUGCUGGCUUCUUGCUACUACAAUGGAAGAAAAUUCAAUUGUUGCCAGCAUUUUCUGCCCGUAGACACUGUUGAAGGAAAAUGUUAUGCAUUUAAUAGUUUCAAUGCUGUCAUGGAAAAUCGUUUCAUGAAUCAAACCAAUCCAAAAUAUCAGCCAAAAUCAUUAUUGUACAAAUACUUACAGUUCAUGUUACGUUACAAUAAUAAAGAUAAUCCUGGAAAUUUAUCUGUGGAACUGUCUCAACGGGAGAUCAAUAUUUGGACCAUGGGAAACACAAAUAUACCAACCAAAAUUUACCGUGAAGAUCAUAUUACUGACAUUAUUGAAGAAUUUGGCGAAAAAGUGCAAAGUGCAAAUAUUUUUCUGAAAGUCAAAGAAAUUUUCCCUGCCACAUCCGUUUACAAUCUAGACGAAAAUAGGCGAGGAUGCAAAUUUUGGUUUGAAACUAGAGAUUUAAAGAUUUUCAAAUUUUACUCCGACUCAGCCUGUGAAAUUGAAUGCCUCAGGAAUGCACAAAUUCACUUUUGCGGAUGCGUCUUUCAUACAUUACCCAACCAACUUGGUAUGAAACAAACUGUGUGUAAUCAAACAGGCGUGGAAUGUGCGUUUAAGCAAAAAGAUGAAAUUAGUGCAUUCUUGUCCACUCAGUGCGACUGUAGCAUCAAUUGUCAUUUUUUUGACGUGUCUAUUAUUGGAAAGUAUCCUAUGAAGAGUGAAAAUGAAAACGACACUGGCAAAUUGCGACUAAACAUUAUCACUAGAGCACCCUCUCUUCAGUAUAUCAGCGACGUGAAGCAAGAACUUCUGGAUUUUAUUGUUUCAAUUGGUGGAGCUAUAACGCUUUUCAUUGGAUGCAGCUUUCUCAGUUUGUUCCAAAUAAUUUAUUAUUUUCUUCUGAAACCACUCAGUGCACGGUAUUUCUUAAAAGAAAGGCCAAAAUAUGGAAGAUUUUUAAUAAAACCAGAAGGAAAUAAGUCAUUUUGAGUUAUACAUCUUUUAUUUAAAAAUUAAAUUUAUAAUAAUUUAAGUAAAUAUAUAAAGCCUAUAUUACAAAGCUUGAUAUAAUAAUUGUAAAUAAAAUAUUAAACCACAAAAAAUUUUUCAGUAGCCAAUAAGUAAAAAAAAUAUGUACUUCAAAACAAAACACAAAUUUAAAACAAAUAUAACAAGCAUGCUUAUUAAUACUAGCGAAACAUUAUUGACGAUUUUUAUAGGCAAUUUAAUUAUUACAUACUAACAAGUUUUUUGAUUUUUCUAUACAAUCACACCCAAUCUAGUUCACACUUUUUGAAAAACACAUACAAAAGCGGGUGCAUUUUAAAUUACCUAUGAUUCGCUUUAAAAGUACCGAGUACCAUCCCAUAGUGUUUUUUCUUGGUGGCAAAAUAUAAUAUCAAAACAAAAAUAACCUAAAUUUUGUGGCAAAGAAUUUGAACAGGUACUAUAAAAUAUAAAAUCCUAGUAUUUUUUUUUUGUAGGCAUAUGAACAAUGAUACAAAAAAAAGGAUGAAAAUGUUAACAGUUUUAAGUGUUUUGCUCUAAAAUUUACAAAUCUUUAUACCUGACAACAGAAACACUAAAUAAUAUAAUAAUAUAACGCACCUUGAAAAUUAUACUACAUACUAAUAUAUAAUCACAAUGCAUUAAGCAUGUAUGUAUUUAUCUCCAUUUAUAACAUAUGAGGAUUUUUUUUUUAGGAUAUUUAAAAUUGUUAGUGAAAGGAACAUUGUUCUGCAAGCAAGAAUGGUGAUAUACUUUAGGUUACCAGGGCUAACCCGCAUGAGAUAAAGUAAAAACAUAAACAAUUUUAAAUAUACUAAAACCCUCCUGAUACAAUAAUUAUCUAAAAGUCGCUUAAAAAAAAACAAAUCAAUUAAUUGAUAAAAAUGUUUUAAAUAGCCUAAUCUUUUUUUUUUAUCUUUUAAUUAGAUAUAUUUAUUUAUGGUAUGGUUAAAUGUUUUGUAUAAAUCAAUAUUAUGAGGUCCAGUUGCACUGUGCAAAGUCGUAAUUCUUCAAACUUGCACCUCUGUAAAGACAACUACUUGAAAU